AUGUGCGUCAGCCUCUUUCGAGGUACGUGGCGGUGGUCUGAUGGGAGCGAGUCGUCAUUCCGCUUCUCAAAACCGCAGGAACCAAGCUACCAUGAUCAAGACUGUGUGUCCGCUAUAUACCAAGAUGAUAGUGGUGUUUCUCAAUCUAUGAUGCAGGCUGGGACACUGAAAACAAUUCAGCCAUCCACUGUAUAUGUCACAGGAAACCUGAUAUUAAUUUGUGAAAACAUGACUUGGAUGGAAGCCUUAAGUUACUGCCAAGAGAACUACAUGGACCUUGUCUUCAUCACUGAGCAAAGCACUCAGGAUCUGGUGGCACAGAUGGCACAGAAUUCCACAUCAUCCCACAUUUGGCUUGGUCUGCGCUACACUUGCACCUAUGACCUUUGGUUUUGGAGCGGUUCGUCAGCUGACUGUUACCAGAACUGGGCCCCUGGACAAGGACCACCGGAGCGUGCAUAUCAAUGUGGAGUAACUGGUGCCAUGUUGACCACAGAGGGGCAGCAGUGGGUGGGCCUGCCUGAGAGGCGGCAACUGAACAUUAUCUGCCAGGACUGUGCUGGAUAAGGAAUUAUUUAAUUUAAUUUUAUUUAUUUAUUUAUUUUUAAACGUGCAAACAUGAGCUGGUACCACUCGGUUUAUCGUGUUGUAUUCACAAGUUGCAUUUCGCUAUCGUUCUCUUGUCUCACUAAAUCAGUGCACGAGUGUGAGAGGACAACUCAAGAGCUGCCUCCCCCAUUGUUAAGUGUGAAUGUGAUUAAAUAUGAAAACACUGCGGUGUGCCGGCUGACACUUUCAUGAGUGGAGAGAGUGACAUGAGAACAUUGAUCCACUGCUUUCAUUCAGGGGUUAACAUUUGCAUG